GAGCACAUUGUGUGUGUUGUGUGCAGGGGAAACUUUUGAGAAACGAAGGGAAACUGGUAAAUUCUAUUGGGGUAUCCAUAGCAAUAACGUCCGGUGCGAAAGGAUCAAGGUUCAAGGCGAAAUCCUGAUGAACAAACAUCUGUGUAAAAAGUAGCUCGGAUUAUUUAAUCGUAGAUACGGCUUUUUCUUCAACCGACUGUAUGAUAUUUAAAUUAUUAAUUAUACCUAAGUCUAGACAAGAUUGAGCUAACGGCCUGUUCAACUCAAUCACUAACCGACUUAGAUUUAGCGCAUCAAGAAUUUAUAACAAUUCAACUCCCUUAACAGUAGAAUUUGGUGUAUCUGAAGUUGAAUUUGCUCUGCAUUGCUUAUUAUGCGCAUUAGAAUCUCCCAAAAUUAGAAUACCAUCAAAUUUUAGCAAACGAGUUAUUCUGACAAGUCGUAUCACUGCCAAAUUAGCGUGUUGGAGUCAUGAACGUAUGCUCGUACCGGUUCUUGGAUAUUAUUUGGCAUGGUUAAAAGAACAAUUAAAACCACAGGUUGUUAAAUUAUUUCAAGUGCAAUAUCAAUUGAUAUUUUGUUUUUGGGUACUUGCAAUUGCUUCAAAUAUUGUGUCAUUUAUGGCAAAAUACCAUGUGAUACCGCGUUUAACAGAAAUAUUAACCGAAACAGAAAAACAAGAAAAUGGCAUGUGA